AGCAAUCGCGCUCAACGUCUUUUUUUUUCUAGUUACUAUUAUUUUCAUGUGUUUCGCGUGAAGUGACCUUCCUUCCGAUACAUCAUUCAUAUUUGCGUCUCUCCAUCAGCUCACGCUCCUCUGUGAAGUCCACCCGUGACUUACUUUCCGCUAGAACUAUCCCGCAUAAAUAACAGCGGCAACGACAGAAAAUGCCCGCCGACGUUGCUGCAGCGGCGCCGUCGCCGACGAAUAACACGGCCGUCUCCGAUUACUUUUUGCAGAAGAUCCAUGAGCUGCGCGCGACGCAGAAGCGUACCCUAGACAACUUCCAGCGCCUCGAGGCACAGCGGAAUGACUUGAACCGCCGCGUCCGUCACCUCAAGGAGGAGGUGCAGAUGCUGCAGGAGUCCGGCUCGCUGGUGGUGGACGUGGUGAAGGUGAUGGGCAAGAACAAGGUGCUCGUGAAGGCCGGCUCGGGUCAGGGGAAGAUGGUGGUGGACGUGGACAAGACGGUGGAUGUGAAUGACUUGACGCCCAACGCACGUGUCGCGCUGCGCAGUGGCACGUCGGCCAUUCACUACGUCCUGCCCACCAAGGUCGAUCCUCUUGUCUCGCUCAUGAAGGUCGAGAAGGCGGGCAAGGAGUCGACGUACGACGAGAUCGGCGGCCUGUCCCGCCAGGUGAAGGAGAUCAAGGAGGUGAUUGAGCUCCCCGUGAAGCACCCCAAGCUGUUUGAGGCCCUCGGGAUUGAGCAGCCGAAAGGGGUGCUGCUCUACGGCCCGCCUGGCACCGGCAAGACGCUCCUGGCCCGCGCCGUCGCGCACCAUACGGAUUGCACCUUCAUCCGUGUCAGCGGCGCGGAGCUGGUGCAGAAGUACAUCGGCGAGGGUGCCCGCAUGGUGCGUGAACUCUUUGUGAUGGCGCGCGAGCAUAGCCCCUCCAUCAUCUUCAUGGACGAGAUCGAUUCCAUCGGCUCCUCUCGCCUGGAGUCGGGCGAGAACGGCGACAGUGAGGUGCAGCGCACGAUGUUGGAGUUGCUGAACCAGCUGGACGGCUUCGAGGCCUCCAAGGACAUCAAGGUGAUCAUGGCGACAAACCGCAUGGACAUUCUCGAUGAGGCGCUGCUGCGCCCCGGCCGCAUUGACCGCAAGAUCGAGUUCCCUGCGCCGGACGAGGCCGCCCGCUUUGAAAUUCUGAAGAUUCACUCGCGCAAGAUGAAUUUGACCCGCGGCAUCGAUCUGAAGGACAUAGCGAAAAAGACGUCGGGCUGCUCCGGUGCGGAGUUGAAGGCGGUGUGCACGGAGGCGGGCAUGUUUGCGCUGCGUGAGCGCCGUGUGCACAUCACGCACGAGGACUUUGUGCUGGCCGUGGCGAAGGUGAUGCACAAGGAUCAGGAUAAGAACGUUUCGUUGAAGAAGAUGUGGAAGUAA